AGUCAGCAACAGCCUUGUAGAUAACUAUGGCAAAGAGUUUUUAAUGUGGAUUUUUAGUGCAAAGAAAGCUAAAACCAAGCUGACCAGAAAGACUGGAAUUUCUGCUCACUCUCUCUCUCUCUCUCUCUCUUUCUCUCGCCGACUCAUUGGAUUUGUCUCUCUGCAAACCCUUUAAACCAGAGAUUACUGGUCAGUGACUCUUAUUAUCCCUUUUAUGCCCGUAUCCUCUUGUUUUCAAGCUCCUGAAGGAAUAUUCCUACUUGUGACUUGCAAACUUUUAAAGCACUACAAGAGCGCAUUCAUCAUUUUGUCAGGAUUGAUCAAGGAGUUUUUUGAAAACCCAAGGGUACUUUGAAAGGCACACUUGUCCAAAUUUCAAUUGAAGGGGCAUAUUUCAUAGAAAACAUACAGUAGUGGUUGCUUGUGACUAAAGCCCUGUGCUUUGAUUAUAUGGUGAAAAUCUUCUGGAGGAAGAAGAGAAGACCUCUUUUGUCAAGGACUUUUGUACUAGUUGAAGGGAGUGGAUUUCUCAUCAUAAUAUGAAGCCUCUUAAGAACAGCUGGCUGUUUCCACUGCUCACUGUUAUCCUGAGAUGCGUCUGUUCCUCCUUUAUCAGUGUCAACCGUGGGGUAAAAGUGAUGAAGGGACAGUCUGUCUUCCUGUCAAAAGAUGACCUGCAGUUUUCUAUCCCCAGAGUGAAAGAUGCCUGCAAAGUGGAAGUUGUGAUUAAUGAGCCAAUAACACAGAGGGUUGGGAAACUAACUCCACAGAUUUUUGACUGUCAUUUCCUUCCUGAUGAAGUCAAGUAUACUCACAAUGGCUGUCCCAUUUUAGAUGAAGACUCAGUCAGGCUUAGGCUGUACAGGUUUACAGAAACUGAAACAUUCACAGAAACAUUCACUCUUCAGGUGCAGUUACUUGAGCCAGACUGCAAUGUCAUCAAAAUGAGUUCCAACAUCUUGGAAGUCCCUGAGUUUUAUGGACUGUCCAGAGUGAUUGACAGGAAUGUGCUCACUUUUGACUAUGACAGGAGGAUAAACCUAGAGUGUGUCAUUUCAAUGGCCUCCUUAGAAACUCAUCUACCAGCCCAUGGUCAAGUUGUCAUUGGAGAACCUCAACAGGAAGAACCUCGUGGAGACCAACCACAUAGCUUCUUUUCCACUUCUAAGCAGAGAGCAGCCCAGAGCUGCAGGAAUGGGAACUGCACUCCAGGACUGAAGACCAUUCAAAUCACCAAAAUGAGCUGCGGGGAAUUUCUGCUGACUGGGAUUCGGUAUCAGCAUCUUGAUCCUCCUUCACCCGACAUUGAUUAUAUUCCUAUCCGACUGGAUCUCAUGGACAGCAGAAGCAAAAUUCUGCACAAGACAGAGUAUGCCUGGCUCCCUGUCCGUAUCAAAGGUGCCAUUCCCAACCAGAUCCCCAAAGCUGCCUUCAUGGCAACAUUCGUCUUGGAGGUAGACCAGUUUAUUUUGAGUCCCGUGACAACAGCAACAAUAGAUGCUGAAGACAGUGAAACACCUAAAUCCUUGCUAGUUUUCAACAUUACCAAGAAACCACCACAGGGCUACAUCACUCAUCUGUCAGACCACACCAGGCCUAUCACCUCUUUCACAUGGAAAGAUCUCAGUGAGGUGCUUAUAGCAUAUCAGCCUCCAAACAACAGCCAUACAGAGAGGAGGAAUUAUGAGGUGGAGUUUGAGAUUCAUGACUUAUACUUUGAAAGGAGUUCACCAAUCACUGUCCAUAUUUCUAUUAGAACAACAGAUACAAAUGCUCCUCGGGUUUCAUGGAACACAGGUCUCGAUCUCCUGGAGGGGCAAUCCCGACCAAUCACAUGGCAACAGUUUCAAAUUGUAGACAAUGACAACAUUAGUGGUGUUGGUUUGGUCACAAUUGAUGGCUUGCAUCAUGGGCACCUCACUGUAAGAGGAGGGAAAGGAUUCAUGUUCACAGUCUCUGAUCUUAAGACUGGAGUUGUUUGCUACCAUCACGAUGACAGUGACUCUACAAAGGAUUUUGUGGUCUUUAGGAUUUUUGAUGGCCGACACAGUAUUCGUCACAAGUUUCCAAUCAACAUUCUGCCUAAAGAUGACAGUCCCCCUUUCCUUAUCAGCAAUGUUGUUAUUGAAGUGUAUGAAGGGCAGACAGUUUUGAUUCAAGGCUCCAUGCUUCAGGCUUCUGACGUGGACUCCAGUGAUGACUACAUAUUCUUUAAUUUGACCAAACCAUUGCAGGCUGGGGAAAUUAUGAAGAAACCAGGGCCAGAUCUCAUAGGAUAUCCUGUCACUGGCUUCUUUCAGAGAGAUCUGUUCAGUGGAAUAAUUUAUUAUCGGCACUUUGGAGGAGAAAUAUUUGAAGAUUCCCUGGAGUUUGUCCUUUGUGAUAGCCAUGACCCUCCCAAUCUCUCAGAGUCACAGGUGGUGAUAGUGCAUAUUAUUCCUGUGGAUGAUCAGCUUCCAAAAGAAGAUUCAGGGGUUACCCGUCACCUGAUUGUCAAGGAAACUGAGAUUGCUUAUCUAACUAAGAAACAGCUCCAUUUCAUAGACAUGGAAGAAAAAGAGAGGGACCUCAUCUACACAGUAACCACUUCCCCAUUCUUCUCUUCCAUUCAUGGUCACUCUGAGGCUGGAAAGUUAUUUAUGGUGGACAGCAUACCCAAGCUAGUCAAGGAUCCUACUGCUCUGGCACUGAGAUCAUUCACUCAGCACGCCGUGAACUACAUGAAAGUUGCCUACAUGCCUCCUAUCCAGGACAUUGGACCUGAGCCACAGCAUGUCCAGUUUGUUUUUUCAGUCAGCAAUCAACAUGGUGGGAACUUGUUUGGGAUCUGCUUUAACAUUACAAUUCUUCCUGUCGACAAUCAAACUCCUGAGGUAUUUACCAGCCAUAUGAAAGUGGAAGAAGGGGGACUGUGUACCAUUACCUGGGGGCACAUUCUCCUCUCAGAUAUGGACACAAAACAGGAGAACCUCCACAUCUGCCUCCAGAGACAGCCUCUGCAUGGAGCUGUUUUGCUAGAUGGCUUUGCUAUGAGUGAAGGCGACAGAUUUGCCUGUGAGGAUCUGCACACUCUUAAAGUCAGGUAUCAGCACGAUGGCUCUGAGACUCUGAAUGAUGACAUCCUCUUUGCAGCCACAGAUGGCUUUCAUUCUGUAGAGUUCAUCUUACAGGUCAAGGUGCUACCUGUGAAUGAUGAGCCACCUGUCAUGAAAGCUGGCCUCAUUCCCCUAAUACAGUGUCUGGAAGGGGAGGAAGUAGUUAUCACUCCAGAGCAUAUUUAUGCCACUGAUGCAGACAGUGAUGACAUGAGGCUGAUGUUUAUCCAGGCUCGAAAGUCCUACCAUGGGGUGGUGAGGAAAGCUGGUAACAUUGUGGAUCGAUUCUCCCAAGCUGAUGUUGUCUCUGGCGUAGUGACCUACAAGCACACUAGUGGAGAGAUUGGCCUGAAUCCUUGUUUUGACACCCUAACCUUUGUUAUCUCUGAUGGUGAAGCUGGCCCAGAUGUCAAUGACUGCUGUUUUGAUGGACCUCUUCUUCCUCCAGUACCACUUCAUGAUUCGUUUCCAGUAUAUGAUCUAAACAUUACUAUACUUCCAGUGGACAACCAGCCACCAUCCAUUGCAACUGGUGCCAUGUUUGUUGUGGAUGAGGGUUUCUCAGCUGUGCUUACUACUAACCAUUUGUUUGCCACUGACCCUGACACCACAGCCGAUGACUUAGAGUUUGUUUUGGUUUCUCCUCCCCAGUGUGGUUACAUUGAAAAUAUACUACCUUCUCCUGGUUUUGAAAAGAGCAACAUUGGUAUAAGUAUAGCUUCAUUUCAGCUUAAACAUCUGAAAGCCUUUCAGGUCAACUAUGUACAAUCCAGGCAUGUGAGGAUGGAACCAACUUCAGACCAGUUUAUGCUUUAUGUCACUGAUGGGAAGCAUCAUUCAGUAGAGACACCAUUUUAUGUCCUGAUCAACCCAACAAAUGAUGAAGUCCCAGAAUUCAUAGCAAGGAACAUUACUGUGCAGGAGGGGCAGAUAAAAGAACUGGAUCUCUUUGUAAUUAACGCAGUUGAUUUGGAUGUACCUCAGGAUUGCUUGAUAUUUACUAUUGCUCAGAAGCCCCUGCAUGGAAUCCUCAUUAGUGGAGCUUAUGGCAAUGAUAUCAUGCAUUACAAACAGCGAACUAGCAAUCACCACAACCAUGGAUAUCCUGUGCAUGACUUUUCUAUGGAGCUUCUUAAGAAUGGAAUGAGGUUGAUGUACAUGCAUGAUGACUCUGAGAAUCUCGCUGAUGGUUUUACAAUCCAGCUAUCAGAUGGGAAACAUAAAGUCCUCAGAACCAUUUCAGUAAAGGUCAUUCCAGUUAAUGAUGAGAAACCAGUACUGAGCAAGAAGGAUGAGAUAGAGGUGAACAUGGGUGAAACUCGAAUCAUUUCUAGUGCUGUUCUGUCAGCCGAAGAUAAAGACACCCCCAGGGAAAGAAUUUACUAUUUAUUUGAAAGAAUUCCAGAAAAUGGGCAGCUUCAGCUCAAGGUAGGCAGGGACUGGGUGACUCUCCAAACUGGAAUGAACUGCACUCAGGAAGAAAUAGAUCUGAACCUUGUGAGAUAUGUGCAUACAGGAGCUAUAGGAUCCAAGAUCCAAGACAGUUUCACAUUUCAUCUGUGGGAUGGAGACAACCAGUCCCCAGCACUGGACUUCUUCAUCAGCAUCAAGGACAUGGAGAAGGGAGAUAUUGCUGUUUUUAUAAGGCCACUUACUGUGUCGAAGGGGGAUAGAAGCUACAUAACGACUGAUGCCCUUCUUGCUAUUGAUGGAACUGACAAACCAGAGGAACUCCUUUAUGUGAUAACUUCUCCACCUCAGUAUGGACAGAUAGAGUACGUCAGCUUUCCGGAAAUCCCCAUCACAAGUUUCAGCCAAAUGGAUAUAGCAGGCCAGGCAGUCUGCUAUGUCCACAGUAGCAAGGCAACUGCUCCUGAAGAUACAUUCAGAUUCAUCAUCAGCAAUGGACUGAAGACUAAACAUGGGAUGUUCACGAUCACUCUGGAGACAAUGGACCAAGCUUUGCCUACAGUGUCUAGGAACAAAGGGUUAAGAUUAGUGGAAGGCGCUAUGGCACUCAUUUCUCCUGAUGUCCUGCAGAUUUCAGACCCAGACACUUCCUCAGAGAACCUUACAUUCCUCUUGGCACAGCUUCCUCAAUAUGGCCAACUGUAUUACCGAGGGGCUGUACUCCUGCAGCACAAUUUCACCCAGCAAGAUGUGGACAACAUGGAUGUAGCAUAUAAACAUGGAGGAGGGGAUUCCCAGAUUGACAGAUUUACAUUUCUGGCAACAGAUAGGACUAAUCAAGGCUUCAUCAUCAAUGGGAGGGUGCAAGUAGAGCCGGUGGCAUUCACCAUUCAGGUGGACCAUUUGGACAGAACUACACCAAAAAUUGUUCAUCUCCAUUGUUCUUGUAAUGUGGAGCUCCUGAAGAAUGGCAAUUUUGGGAUUUAUAUUACUGCCAGGUCCCUGAAAGCAUCUCACCCCAAUAUAGAAGAUGACCAAAUCAUCUUUAAGAUUUUACAAGGUCCUCGCUAUGGCUACCUGGAAAAUACAACAACAGGCAGGUGCAUCCAGGAGGAAUUCAGCCAAAAAGAUUUAAAUAGCAAAAUCGUACUUUAUGUCAUCAAUCCAACUUGGGCAGUGAAUUCAGACAGCUUGGAGUUUCAAGUCACAGAUCCCACUGGGAGCUCUGGCACCUCCCAAAUUCUGGAACUGAAGUGGUCUCGAAUUGAAAUGCAACAGGCUGCAUAUGAAGUGUGUGAGAAUGUGGGAAUCUUGUCUUUGAAAAUCACCAGGUCAGGGCAUUCCACAGACUCUGCCUUUGUCACAGUGAAGGUCAAUGAAGCGUCUGCUAUACUUGGCAAGGAUUUUACUAUACCUCCUUCUAAGCUCAUUCAGUUUGAUCCAGGAAUGUCAACCAAGAAGUGGAAUAUAGUAAUUACCUAUGACGGAUUAGAGGAAGACGAUGAAGUCUUUGAAGUAGUUCUGAACUCCCCUGUGAAUGCAAUUCUUGGCACCAGGACAAAAGCUGUAGUGAAAAUUUUGGACUCAAAAGGAGGUCAGUGCAGCUUUUUCCAUUCCUCUGGCCAAAGCAAGCACAACUUAUGGAGGACAGAUGCAUUGCUUCCAGUUUCCUCCAGCUCCUUAUUGCCCUCCAGCCCUGGCACUGUUCACUUGGAAAGGAUCCCAUUGUCUUCUUCCGAAGGGGUGAUGAUGCAGAAGGGAAAUAUGCUACCGGAAUUCAAGUUGGUGAAUCGGUCAAGGACUAGACUAAGAGCAGUUGGAAAUGGCAAAAUAGUUCAUCCAUCAUCUGUGUUUAGAAAUGGAACUGAUGUGGUUUUUAAAUAUCAUGGGUUGGUAUCUCUCAGAGUAGAAGAAGAUACUUCAUCAGCUAAUGCAAACAAAAAGGCUGAAGUGUUGGUAAUUAACCAAGGGGAGCUGAAAAGCAAUGUGGUCUCCUCCAGGAAGACAGAAGUCCCACAAGCUGAUAAGGCAGAGCUGACAUCUGUAUUACAUUCUAGCCAUCAGGAUUUGGGUCUCUCCUUUCCAAAGGGCUGCACAUCAGAUUUAAAGGGGCUCUUGCAUUAUGAAGAAAGGGUCCAAAAAUUAUUUCAGUGUGAUGGCAUUUCAUGGAAGUUAUGGGAUUCAAAAAGCAAGAUAGUUAACCUGAAAAAAUGCCCCUCUGGAUGGAGCCAUCAUGAUGGUAGCUGCUAUUUCCUAAUAGCUGAUCACAAGGUCACCUGGAAUACCGCUGCUCAGGCUUGCCGGGAACAGUACUUUGGGAAUCUAGCAAGUGUGGUCACUAAACAACACAUGCAGUGGUUGUGGAACUUCAGUGGAAGGAAGCCUUUUUGGAUAGGCUUGAAUGACCAAGAAAAUCCUGGCCAUUGGGAGUGGAAUGGAGGAGAACCAGUCACUUACACAAACUGGAGAACAGUCUCGUCUCGUCUUUCAAGGAAGGGAAAGAAUUGUGUUUUGGUACAGAGGCAAGGGAAAUGGCAAGCAGCAGAUUGCAGAAAAGGUAGACGACACAAUUAUGUGUGUUCAAGAAAGCUGUAAACCAAACUGACAUUCCAAUGCUCAUAUGGCCUUUUUGGUGCACACAGUGUUUCUAAAUUAUGUUUAUUUGCAGUAUUGUGAAGAUAUCGAUGUAGGGAGACAAUGUUAUUAUCACUAACAUUUAUUUUUAUGGCCCUGUCAUGGUCUACUACACUCACAUCAAGUAGACUGUGCAAGUGAGCAGACAAGAACAACGCUAAGUAUUGCAACA